CCAUUUCUGGAAUCCCGUCUCUUCCCCCCUCUCUCAUCAAAAAAGCAGACUUGCACUUUUCUUCUAUUACCUCUGAACCUGUGCUCUGAAACAGCCCUCUGAGGCUCAUGUAAACAAUUCAACCUGUUUGCCUUUUCAACGUUUACUGGUCGUAUUUUAAGAGCGGUUGACUUUUGGAUAUUAUCGUCUGCGUAUUUGGAUAAGGAACAUUUAUUAAUAUAGUCUGCAGAUUUUUAAUUAUAAAUGAGGGUCAUGUAUCGUUUAAUACUGUGGAUUAUCUGUUAUGAAAAUGUGAAACCUUAGUGCAAACCAUUUCUGUUGAUGGCCACUGCAGUUAUGGUGUCUCAAAGUCAGGAGCAUGAAUGGUCGAACAGCCCUUCCAGAACAGGUAGUAUGCUGUCGCUGGAUGGCCGCCAACGACCUGCAACGGCCAAGACACCUCCAUCUUAUUACGAUGCAGUCAGAAGUCGACAUUCUCUCUCGCAACCUGUAAAUAAAUCACCAGAAAAGCAAGAUAAAAACCUACAUGUACAGCAGGUCAAGUACAACAGUUUGCCAAGGCCCCUGCCUCAAAGGUAUCCUCCUGCUGUAACAAAUCAUCAACAGACAAGAAGUGCUUGGACAGAGGAUCCUCUCAAUCAUAACGGAAAUUCAACCAACCAUUGUGGUAUGAGGCAGCAGUAUGAUUCUCCACCGAAACCGGCAAAUCGCGUGCCACUUCAGUUGCAAGUGCACCAGGACAGGGGUCCCAUCAAGCGAGGACCAUCUGACCAGCCGGAAUCAUUCCAUCAAGGGUAUGUUCCAGCACCCAGAGGAAUGGAACAUCUUCGUGGCAACGUUUCCAGGCAUGGAGUAGAAAGAGUAGACGGAAACUCCAGACCAGUCAGCAUGGAUGUAAGUCGAAAAGAAGCUAUGCUGUCUAUGCCUAUGCGCGUGGAUGGUAGACCUCCUCCGCCUAUACCAGGACGGAGACCUCCUCCUCCACAAUCUCGAGGUGUAGUUCCUAACGGAGUGGAUGGCACUCCAAACUCCCUCUUUAAGAGGGACAUCAACCAAAAUCCAGCCUUAGGAGGACGUUUUCCAAUGCCUGUGCAUGGCUCACACACUCUACCAAAUGGAUUUGCACCAGCUUCCAGAACUGUCGUUACUGGUACAUCCAGCUACGAACCACGAUAUUCAAAAAGUGGAAAGUUAUGCCAUCGCAUGCCUACACAAGACCCAAAACCAAUGCCUCCUCCUGUAGUUAUGCUACGAACUGGACCUCUGGGUUCUUAUCCUGAUCCUGAUAUCCUGAAAAAAUGCGAUAUGGCUUCGUUCAACCAUCGCCCUGAAAGAAGUUAUAGCACUGGUGAUUUUGAAACUCAUUACCACAGAAGUCCAGGUGACAUGAAUAACUCUCAAAAGAGUUAUGAAAACGUUAAUUCGUUCUCGAAUGGCAAUAGCGAUCAUUUAAACUCUUCAUACACUCGAUCACCGGUAUCACCGCACGAGAAAAGGCCAGUGUUUGAUGAAAAUCAAAUGUUUGACAGAAAGACAUCUAGAAAGGAUACUCAAAUUAAUUUGCAGCAAUCACCAUCUUUAUCACAUUUACCAAACUCAUCCUCUUCAAAUCUCCAAACAGCAAUUAAAAGUCAAACUUUACCCUCCAACGGAAGAGUCCCCACCGAUUGCUUUAAUCCUAUUCGGGAAUAUAUGAAUCGUACUAUGCAGCAAAACAAUAUAAUAAUGACACAACGAACCGAAAGUACUUCGUCUUUAAAUUCUCAUUUUAAUCAAAUCCCUUCUGACAACAGAGUUUAUAAUCCAUCUGAUAACAACAAUGCUAUCUAUGCUAACCAUGAAAUAUCAGCUCGAACUGCUAAUGGAGGUAGAUUGGAACACCCAUUUGACUAUCAACGAAGUAGAUCAAAUUCAACCAGUGGUCCUUUGUAUGAAAAUUCCUCAUCUUUGCAUACUUCACCAAGGGAAAACUUCAGAGGCAUUCAGGAGGUUUUCCCUGAAAGUGUUUAUGCCAAUUAUAAUAUAGAGACUCAUUAUAACAAUGGUCAUUCUGCACAGAAUUUUAAGCUGCAAGAAUGUCAACAAAAAACUGUAUCUUCGGAGAAUGGUCAACAUGCUCUUCAAUCAAAGAGCUCAAUCAGAGAACAGCAGUUUGACAGGCAUAAAACACAUCCACCUCCAGUAGCUCAGAAACCUAAUAACAAUGUAUGCCAACCUUCAGAAAUGUUGGAAACUAGAGGAUGGAAUGGUCAAGCUCACAUUAAUUCGUAUGGAAAAGAAGUAGUAAAGCCUACACCUAGAUUGCCCAGGUUCGCCAAUGGCCUUAUCGCCACAAGUGCGCAAUUAACUACAGUGCCCGCAUACCAAUGUGUUAUCAAUGAACUUUCCACUCGUCCAGCUCAUCAUACAUCACCAACAGCUACUGAUUCAUCAACCUUGUCAUUUAAAUCGAGCUGUGAUUCAUCAUCAAGUUCGAGCAGAGAAUUUAAUAGAAGACCUUGUAAAUCAGAUAGUAGUAUGGAACAAUCAAGAUCUUCAGAAGGUGGUGCUAGAUCGGCCAACAGCUAUCGCCAAAUAGACAAAUCCCUGUUGUCAGCCUCCAUGACGAGUUUAUGUAGUGAUGCGUCGUCGUCCCUGUCAACCAGGCGACGACACAUGAACGAGGAUUCCUCCAGAGAAAGAUUGAAUGAGGAAUUCCAACAGAGAACAGAAAAGGGUUCAGUAUUUAGCGCUUCUCCGUGGGAACGUGAAGCAAAGGAGAAGUUGCAAAAAGAGCAAGUGCUAGAUGCCAGGAAAGCACGUGACCAGGAGAUAUCCUACCUGGAAUCUUUGGAUGAGAGGAGUGAGAAGCAGGAAGAAUGGCUCCGCAUCCUCCGCUUGGAGCGAGAGUUCCAACGGAGGGCCGAACAGGAGCUAGAUGACGACGACGAUGAAGGGUCUGUCUGUUCUGAAUCCACAGACACAGAUAAGACUGAAAGCUUUCAUGGGGAUAAAUUGACAGUAAUUCCUAAUGAAAGAUUGGGACUUAAAAUUCUGGAUGAGCUUCUCGAUCCUCCCCCUAAGAGUUCCGAGAAAGCUAACAACAAACGAGAACUGCCUUUUGGAAAUCCUUCCGAAAGGCACUUCAUUCCUCUGGAUGUGGCCAUACCAGACAACGACCUGCAAUCGCCUUCUUUACCUCUCACGAACAACAUUCUCAAAAUAUCGUCUGAACAAAAUCCUGCCACAAAUGGAAACAGAUUGUCCAAACCACCUGUUCCUGCACCUCGUCCAAGCAAAAACUUCACUCCAAUACCGUUAUCUGACAAUCAAGAAUCAAAUUCUGCUUUUGAGCCCGUUCAGGAAGCGGUUCUAAAUGAAAACGGAAGCAGCAGUUUAGCUAAGCUUGAAAUAUCAGAUUCAUGUGCUUAUUUCUGCUCAAUCGAAAACGAUUUGGAUAAUUCUGUCAACGAAUCACAAAAUAAUUGGUUGAUAGAAGUACCAAACGAUGUUUCACUUGGUCGAGAAGAGAUUUCCUCAACCCCGUCGAAGCAAAAACAAAAUGGCGAAAUAAAGACUGGCUUAGAACAAUCUAGAAUUUAUGAAAACAUAAAGCCUGCUGAUUAUCAGUGUCUCAAAACUCAACAUAGUUCAUCAGGAAGUAGUUAUAGUUCACACACACUACCCAAGUCUUCCAGUUCCAAUAUGUCGGCACUUAAAGAAAUUACUCAUCUUAGAAGUGGCAGUAGAUAUACGGAAAGAAAGUUUCCUACUAUGGGAAUUUCCAGUACAUUGUCGAAGAAGUCUAAUGGAUAUUCGACAUGUGACGCAGACAUUUUACCUUCCUUGUAUGCUUCUUGCAAAACUCGGCCUGAGGUUGUGAAAGAUGUCCCUCCUGAUUUGGCUGACAAAUCUCCGGAGUUCAAGAAAAUGUGGAUAUCACGUCCAGAAAAACUGACUUUUCAAGACAAAAUCAGAAAAUUUUCAAUUCAAGCUGGAGAUGAAGAUGCUCCUCGAGAUCGAAUUAAGAAUUCGAAAGCUCAGCGGGAGAUUGAAAAUAGAUUUAGUGAGGGACAUAAAAGAGCAUCAGCUACACAAAGAUCAAUAGAGACAUAAAAGUAAAGAAAUUUAAUAAUUAGAUGUGUUAAAAAAAGUGCUUUAUGAACAACACAAUAGCUUUUAGAAUUUAAAAAUACAGUUUUUGCACUUAUUAUUAUUGUAUACUAAUGUAAUUGUCCAAGAGGCAACCAUUUUAAUAUUUUUUUAGGUCAUUGACCAGGGGUCUGUUUAGAAAAAUUUGGGUCCGUUAACGGACCCUUCACAAAAUAUUUUUUAUAAAAACCGACCCUUCACAAAAUGUUUUUUCUUUUAA